AUCAAAUGAGGGGACCCCAAGCCCAGUCAGCCAAUAAGGGCAGAGGUCUGAGUAUAAAGGCUCAGGUCCAUCACCUGGCAGAGUUGGGCAAUCCCUACAUUUGGUGGACAGGAUCUGAUCCCGGGAUCUGUUUCCUCUUUCUUUUCUCCUAAGCAGACGUAGUAAGAGUCGCAGCCAUGGCGAAGAACUGCCACAACGACUACAAAAUGAAGUUCUCCGUGGACGAGGAGUACCCCGAUCUGUCCCUGCACAACAACCACAUGGCCAAGGUGCUGACAAAGGAGAUCUAUGGAAAGCUGAGGAGCAAGUCCACCCCCAGCGGCUUCACCCUGGAUGACGUCAUCCAGACCGGUGUUGACAACCCUGGUCACCCCUUCAUCAUGACCGUGGGCUGCGUUGCUGGUGAUGAGGAGUCCUAUGAGGUCUUCAAGGAUCUGCUGGACCCCGUCAUCUCCGACCGUCACGGUGGAUACAAGCCCACCGACAAGCACAAGACCGACCUGAACUUCGAGAACCUGAAGGUGAGGAGAGAGGAGAGUUUAGAUCAGUUUUUACAAAAUUUCAGGGAAACAAGCGAGUUUAAAAACAGCCGUAACAUGUCUGUCGUGUUUUCCUGUCCUGCCUUCUUCUCUCAGGGUGGUGAUGACCUGGACCCCAACUAUGUGCUGUCCAGCCGUGUUCGCACUGGCCGCAGCAUCAAGGGAUUCACCCUGCCCCCCCACAACAGCCGUGGAGAGCGCAGAGCCAUUGAGAAGCUGUCCAUUGAGGCCCUGUCCAGCCUGGAGGGUGAGUUCAAGGGAAAGUACUACCCCCUGGAAGGCAUGACCGACGCUGAGCAGGAGCAGCUGAUCGCCGAUCACUUCCUGUUCGACAAGCCCGUGUCCCCCCUGCUGACCUGCGCUGGCAUGGCCCGUGACUGGCCCGACGGCAGAGGCAUCUGGCACAACGACAACAAGACCUUCCUGGUCUGGGUGAACGAGGAGGAUCACCUGCGUGUCAUCUCCAUGCAGAAGGGAGGCAACAUGAAGGAGGUCUUCAGACGUUUCUGCGUUGGCCUGCAGAAGAUUGAGGAGAUCUUCAAGAAGCAUAACCACGGCUUCAUGUGGAACGAGCACCUGGGCUACAUCCUGACCUGCCCCUCCAACCUGGGAACUGGCCUGCGUGGCGGCGUGCACGUCAAGCUGCCCAAGCUCAGCACACACGCCAAGUUUGAGGAGAUCCUGACCAGGCUGCGUCUGCAGAAGCGUGGCACAGGUGGUGUGGACACAGCCUCCGUGGGUGGUGUGUUCGACAUCUCCAACGCUGACCGUCUGGGCUCCUCCGAGGUGGAGCAGGUCCAGCUGGUGGUUGACGGUGUCAAGCUGAUGGUUGAGAUGGAGAAGAAGCUGGAGAAGGGAGAGUCCAUUGAUGGCAUGAUCCCCGCCCAGAAGUAAAGUGGACAGACAACCAGUGACUGAAUGACUGUCUGUGUUUGUUUUUUUUAUUUUACAAAAAAAAAAAAAAUGAACGGGUAGCCUUGUUGUGACGUUAUCUUACUGGUUUUGGCCAACUGGCUACUUCCUGCUUACUUCUUUCUGUCAGGGAAACACUCCACUUUUCUCUCUGCUCCUUCCUUUCUUGCUUACUUCUGUUAACCUUACUCAUCUUUUCCUGUCCCACUUUUUCUUUGGCUCCUCUUUCUAAGUUCCUGUCACUUUGAUCAUCUCUCGCCCCAUCUUCUCUGUAACAUCCUGGGAUCAAUCCAUGCAUAGUCUGGUCGUGGCUAUGUAUGUACACACCAAAAGAAAUUUUUUUUUUUUGGUUGUAAAAUAUAACUGGACAAUUAAACUACGCCCCAUGUAACAAUCAAA